AUGGCCUCCUCUGCCUCCUGUGCCUCCUCCACUGCACUCGCCUCCUCCCCCACCUGGCCCUUGGCGCUCAGGUCCAGGACAGCCUUCUCCCCCCUGAAGAACAUCCCCUGCUGGGGCAUGGGUAGCCAGAUGGAGAUGAGGAACGCAACACUGAGGAUCCCCAGGGAGAUGGCGUUGAGGUAGAAGUAGUCCAGCCCUGCCAGGGAGACCAGCAACUGGCCUAGAGUGGCCCCUAGGGUGGAACCUGUCAGCAUGGCACUGCGGAGGUAGCCGGUGGCCCGCUGGUACCUCUCUGGAGGGAUCACGCUGUAGAUGUAGGAGAAGUAGGCCACCUCCGUGGAGGUCACCACGGCAUAGUUGAACUGCAGGAAGGUCAUGGCGGUCAGGCCGGGGGCAAAGCAUAGCAGGACAUAGUUGGUGACCAGGAAGAGGCCCUGGACCACGAUCACCGGCUUGUACCUCAGGAAGUCUGUCAGCAGGAAGACGGGGAAGAGGACGGCCAGAUAGGAGUACGUCCAGAUGGGGAACAGGUAGUUGGUCACCUGAGGAGGCACAGGGAGAGGAGUGAUUCAUUUAUCGUUAGAUCUAGUCAAUAUCCACAGGGAUACUGAAUAGUCCUACCGAUCCUCUGUAUGAAGCAAAAAAAUAACAUAGCCCACUGUAUACAGUAGCAUAUACACUAUAUAUACAAAAGUAUGUGGACACCCCUUCAAAUGACUGGAUUCUGCUAUUUCAGCCACACCCGUUGCUGACAGGUGUAUAAAAUCGAGCACACAGCCAUGCAAUCUCCAUUUUAGCAGACACUCUUAUCCAGAGCGACUUACAGUUAGUGAGUGCAUACAUUUUUAUUUUUUAUACUGGAAUCGAACCCACAACCCUGGCGUUGCAAAUGCCAUGCUCUACCAACUGAGCUACAUCCCUGCCGGCCAUUCCCUCCCCAACCCUGGACCAAUUGUGCACCGCCCCAUGGGUCUCCUGGUCGCGGCCGGCUACGACAGAGCCUGGAUUCGAACCAGGAUCUCUAGUGGCACAGCUAGCACUGCGAUGCAGUGCCUUAGACCACUGCGCCACAAUUGGUCCAUAGACAAAUAUUGGCUGUAGAAUGGCCUUACUGAAGAUGGCCUUUUAAUGUGGCACCGUCAUAGGAUGCCACCUUUCCAACAAGUGUUCAAAUUUCUGCCCUGCUAGAGCUGCCCCGGUCAACUGUAAGUGCUGUUAUUGUGAAAUGGAAACGUCUAGGAGCAAAACGGCCGCGAAGUAGUAGGCCACACAAGCUCACAGAAUGGGACCGAAGAGUGAUGAAGCGUGUUAAAAUCGUCUGUCCUCGGUUGCAACACUCACUACCGAGUUCCAAACUGCCUCUGGAAGCAACGUCAGCACAAUACUUGUUUCGUUGGGAGCUUCAUGAAAUGGGUUUCAAUGACCGAGCAGCCGCACACAAGCCUAAGAUCACCAUGUGCAAUGCCAAGUGUCAGCUGGAGUGGUGUAAAGCUCGCCGCCAUUGGACUCUGGAGCAGUGGAAACGCGUUCUCUGGAGUGAUGAAUCACGCCUCACCAUCUGGCAAUCCGACGGACAAAUCUGGGUUUGGAGGAUGCCAGGCGAACGCUACCUGCCCCAAUGCAUAGUGCCAACUGUAAAGUUUGGUGGAGGAGGAACAAUGGUCUGGGGCUGUUAUUCAUGGUUCGGGCUAAACCCUUUAGUUCCAGUGAAGAAAAAUCUUUAUUUAAUACAAUGACAUUCUAGACGAUUCUGUGCUUCCAACUUUUUGGGGAAGGCCCUUUCCUGUUUCAGCAUGACAAUGCCCCCGUGCACAAAGCGAGGUCCAUACAGAAAUAGGUUGUCGAGAUCGGUGUCGAAGAACUUGACUGGCCUGCACAGAGUCCUGACCUCAACCUCAUCGAACACCUUUGGGAUGAAUUGUAACGCCGACUGCGAGCCAGGCCUAAUUGCCCAACAUCAGUGGCCGACCUCACUAAUGCUCUUGUGGCUAUAUGGAAGCAAGUCCCUGCAGCAAUGUUCCAACAUCUAGUGGAAAGCCUUCCCCGAAGCGUGGAGACUGUUGUAGCAGCAAAGGGGGGACCAACUCCAUAUUAAUGCCCUGAUUUUGGAAUGAAUGUUCGACGAACAGGUGUCCACAUACUUUUGGUCAUGUAGUGUAUUUCCUUCUAUCAUUAUAGUGUGCAUCAUUUACUUUCUUAUCACAGCCUUGUUAACAAAUCCCAUCAAAAUGGAUAAUGUGUAGCAUACAGCUCUCUGCUGCUGGUUACUUUACCACUUCCUCCGAGAUGUUCUUGUAUGGUCCAAUAAGGUAUGGUGUUAGGAAGGGCUCAGCUGGUCUGCAGUUAGCGAAGAACCCAUAGAGCGACAGCAUGGCUGUGGGAAACACCCAGCCAGUGGACUUUAGCUUGGUCCAGCAACCCAUCCUGGUAGCCUACUCCUUCUGCCCCUCUCAUGUGCAAGACCUCUUGGUCUGAGUCCUGUGUACCAAUGGUGUCUGUUGGCAGUAAGCAGCUGUAGAUCCUUGUCGGGGAAAUAAAUGUAUGAAUUUAGUCUGUAUCUAUGAACUACAUGUGCAUAACUGCAAAUGCAAGUUUAUAUGAGGGAGACUUUGAGCUCUUGGGAAAUAGUCCCACUGAUGAUAAAAUGAAAGCUUAUGUCAGCCUCAGUUAUCAUGACACAGAUUUUUACAAGUUUUUCAAGUCUCUGUUGUUGACUUUAUGUACAUGUUAUUAAUUUUUUUUGUGCACAGUUAUGGAACAAGUUCUGUCUUUUUUGAACAGGUUAGUUGUGGCUGAGUUGUGCGUUUCAGUCCAUCUGCGCAUGCGUCUUGGCCGCGCUCUAACUAGUCUGUCGCCAUAACAACGCUUUGUUGACAAGGGAUUUCUGCUGUAGAAGCGAAAUGAAACUCAAACGAUUCCUUCUCAGAUAUUAUCCACCAGGUAAUAAACAUGUUUUUGAUGAUACUAAGAUGCUUUAUAAUUAAGAUACUAAGGAAUGUUUGGACAAGCAGCUAGCAAAUUAUUUGUAGCGUUUUGUGCAACUACACUGCAACUUUAGUGCUGUUCUGACCUAGAGUUAGCUGGCUAGGGUAGCCAAGAGCAGAGCUAGGUCUCUGUUCUAGCCAGACCAGUUAGCUGUUACAGCAAUUUAAUGCAUGAUGCACAAGUUGAUGCCAGUUGAAGUUACAAGUAGGCCUAAAGUAACUUGUAUCUCACACUUGGUCUUGUUUCGAAUAUUGAAUUGAUGCCUUUUGUUCACAGGUAUCAUCCUGGAAUAUGAGAAAGGAGGAGCUCUGAAGACUAAAUCCAUUGAUCUGUUGGAUUUGUCUCCAGAGUGGGUAGACAAUAGUACAAUUCAUGUUUAAGAAUGAGAUGCUGUGUUUCGUGAUCAUGAUAUGUACAGGGCUGCCAACUUUUUAAGAACGCUUGGAGGUUGAUUUGCUAUGUGAAUUUCAUUGCCCCCUGGCACAACCCCUAGAGGGUGGACUGGCGGUCCUCCAUCAGGAAAAUUGUACUGGUUUAAAGCAAAUUUCCUGCAAUUCUACGUAUUUUGACAUGACAGGCCUAUGACCAGGGUGAAAACCCCCCCACAAAAAACACAGGUCAGGUGUAUUGAGGAUGCUUUGAACAUUAAAUGAACACUCAAAAUUCGACUCCUUUGUUACUUUAAUAUUUUUGGGGGGAUGACAUUUAAAGUAUGCCAAUAUUUUUUUAGGUGGUUUGACACUUAAUUCAGACAGUAAUUAAAUGCUAUAAACAGUGGGAAGGUUGGUAGCAGGGACACGUACCUGGGAGUGUUACCACUACACCAAUGCUCUGCACAGGAAAUGUAAAUAUUAAUGGUCGAUGGCAGUGGGUAACCAAAUCAUAGAUUGCAGUCUCCUUGUCCAUAGACUGCUUUCAAGGUAAGGGCACAAACAUUUUGUAAUUUGGGUGAACCAUCCCUUUAAAAUAGGGCUGGAAGAAAAUCAUUCAUUUUCAAAGACACAAGUAGGCAUAUCAGAUUUCAAAUAUGUGAUUACACUGGCAAAAUUGGGAGGAAGUGGAAUAAUAAAAUACAUUUGGGGAAUAAGUAGUGUUCUUGCUGACAAGCACAGUAAUUACCCUAUAUUUUAGCUAAUUGUUAAGAAUGAGAAUUGUUCCACUGAUCAGACAAAAUAAAGUAAAUUGAUAAUAAAAUCUGAAGACAAGACGACAUAAAUCUGCCCCUACACCCUAACCAAAUUAUGUUUCUAUUUAUUUUCCCACUCUAGAAUCAAACAUGCACUUUUGGGUUCACAAUCUGUUUGACAAAAUUAUUUUUAUAGUUACAAAAGGUCACCCUACCAAACUUCCCUGCUAAAACACACUGUAGGUCUGUCUGCUGCCUUCUUUUCAUUGUCACAGCCUAAAAGCAAAUCACCAAACGAGGGGGCUAAAGCAAGUGUGGAUUAAAUCGACUUUAGUACAUGCUGUCAAAAGGCUACAUUCUGCAAUAGAUUCAUGGACAGGAGUAACAGUAACCUAAUUUUGUUGACAACAUUUUACAUUAAACAGUGCUACCGUGCUGCUCUUUUUACAGUUUUAUAAACUCAGCGAAGAGACUUUCUCCAUUCAGCUCCACUCUAGUCUUGAGGGGCGUUUCUUUAAAACAUGCAUCCAAUCCCCCUGAUCCCUCACAUAACUAUACCAAUCAUAUGCUUCAAUGUGACGCGGUUUACGGUGCUGUGGCAAGACAGGGCAAUGAUAGAGGUUCUGCUCGUGAUGUUAAAUUGUAGGCGCAGAUGCUCUGAUUUCAAAACAAUUUGGAACACAGUUGAAAAUGUAAUCCGAUGACUAAUUAGAAAAAUAAAAGCUGUAGUUUUCAAUGCAGGAGAUAUAAGAGGAGGGUCAAAUGCGUGUGUCUCAAUGCCAAUGCGGGAGAGUUGGCUGCUCUGUAUGGAUGCCAUUGAUUAUACUAGUGCUGGUGUAGUAUGAGGAUGAUGAUGAUGAUGAUACAGGUAGAAAAACACACCCACUAGUUCUUCAGAACUUCAUCACUGAUCCUGCAAUACAGUAUGACGUCUAUUCCCCUUUUUUCAACGACCAUGAUGCAUCACUCUGACACGUCUCUAUCCAUACAGGACAGACACCGAGGAGUUAAUAUCAGAGAUCAGGAAAUCGGAGCCACUAAUCACAGCAUCACGCGUCGACCAAGUCAAACUCUUGAUCGUCAGACUGCAGGAGAAACUGGGUCAGCAGGACAACCGCAGGUUCUACCUCUUCAAGGUCAAAUACAGCUUCCAUCUUUCUGAGCUACCUAUUUAUUUUCAUUAGGCUCUCUUCUUAAUGAUACUGUCAUUGUCUGGCUCCUGAUCGUCCACUCUUGUGUCCAAGUGCACACUUUGGGAAAAGGGUGAAUAAUUGGGAUGCAGCCAUAGACGGCCAUUAACAGGCAUGACCACACUGCCAGUGCCUUGUGUAAACAGUACAGCCAUACUGUAAUUCCUAAUUUGAACCCUAGAUGGCAGCAGGGGGUGGGAAUUCUAUAAGAAUUCUAGAAUAACAGGACUCUUCCUUAGCACAUCAAAGCCAGAUGUAUUAUGUAUGGAUAUUACACAGUCAAACGUAUAGAUGUAAAUUGAAUUAAUGCAGUCAAGUAAACUGCCUCAGAGUUAAAAAAUAAAAUAAAAAAAGUCCUCCUCCCUUCUCCCUUGCAGGCGCUGCAGGCACACAUACUGCCACUGACGAACGUUGCCUUCAAUAAAUCAGGGUCGAGGUAAGUUUAUCUGCACUGCAUGGAGAUGUGCAGAGAACCCCAGGUGUUUGUCUUUCUGGGGUGUAGGAGAGGUAAACAGAUCUCUCUUUUUACACUCUGUCUCUUAUCUCUCUCUUUCUUUAUCCUUUUCUCUCUCUCUUUCUCUGUUUCUCCCUCUCUCUCCCCCCUCUCGCUAUCUCUCCCUCUCUCUGUGUCUCUCUAUCUCUCCCUCUCUCUCUGCAGUUUCAUAACUGGGAGCUAUGACAGGACAUGUAAAAUAUGGGACACAGCGUCAGGCGAGGAGCUGCAUACACUGGAGGGCCACAGGAACGUGGUGUACGCCAUUGCCUUCAACAACCCCUACGGGUAACCACCUUCCUGUCACUCUACCCCAGGUUUAAAAACACCAGGACCUGUAUUCAUAAAUUGUCUCAAGUAGAAGUGCUGAUCUGGAUCUGGGGACCCCCCGUCCAUAUAAUCUGAUUCAUUAUGAUCUAAAAGGCAAAACUGAUCCUAGAUCAGUACUCCGACUCUGAGACUCUUAGGAUAGGCAUUAAGCUCUAUGGGACCUAUGUUCCUCCGUUGUCUUACACUUAAGGCCAAGGGAAAGAGUUGUUGGUGGUUAAAAUAAAGCAUUUUUCCUAUCUCAAAUCUUCCGUUUAUUUAUCCUCUUUAAUCCAGGGACAAGAUUGCCACUGGGUCCUUUGAUAAGACCUGCAGGCUGUGGAGUGCAGAGACGGGCAAAUGUUUCCACACCUUCCGAGGACACACUGCGGAAAUAGUACGAGGGACUUUCUAAUCUAGAGAUAGGACUUUCUGAGAAAUUGGACUUGUCUUUCAGUAUAAAUAGGAUGCAGUGAGCUUCGAAUUAGAUUUUCUAUGUGAGUGGCAGCUAACACUGUUUUCUGUGCCGACCAGGUGUGUUUGGCAUUUAACCCUCAAAGUACCUUGGUGGCCACGGGGAGCAUGGACACUACGGCCAAGCUAUGGGACGUCCAGACUGGAGAGGAGGUGGCUACACUGACAGUGAGUUAGCUCUCGCUCUCUUUUUCUCAUCUCUCUCUCUUUCUCUCUCUUCUCUCCCUUCCUCUCAUCUCCACACACUCACAACCAUCCAAGUCCACAUCCAUUCUUUAAUGACUUAAUUCAGUCAUUUAUGUGCAUUCAUCCAUUCAUUUUUUAAUAUGAUUAUUCAUGAUGUGUUGGUCCAGCAGUCACCCUGCUUACUGUGUGUUCUAUCCUCCCAUCAUAUGUGUGUAUGCAGCUGUGACUGUACAUUCAUAAGGUAAUCUAUCUAUCUACAUACUCAACUACAGGACAGGCAGCCAUUUGUUUCUUCACGUGGGCAAGCUGGGUGGCUGUGUGUUCCAGAAGGGGAUUCUGUGUGCUCCUCUCUAGCCCACCUCUCUACCCCUCCUUCUUCAAUUAUUCCGACAUUAGUCAUGCUGGUGAAUAUUGUGACUUGAGCACAAAAAGGCAAAUGUGUUCCUCAAACUGAAUUGGAUGAAAAUAUGCAAUUGAGCUUUUUCAAAGGAGAAAGAAUAGCUCAUUUACUUGACUGUACUUUUGUUAACUCUGCAAGUGUAACGAAUCGAAUUCUCUCCUCUCUUUCAUGUUUUUUUUUUUGUUCACUGUCUCUUUCUCCCUCUCUCUUUCUUCUCCAUCCCUCCCUCCCUCCCUCCUUUCUCUCCUCCCUCUCUCUCUCCUUCCUCUCUCAGGGCCACUCAGCAGAGAUCAUCUCCUUGUCAUUUAACACAGUGGGUGACCAGCUAGUCACUGGAUCCUUUGACCACACUGUUUCUCUGUGGGAUGUUCCAUCUGGGAGGUGAGAGCCCAAGUGUUUGUGUGUGUGUGUGUGUGUGUGUGUGUGUGUGUGUGUGUGUGUGUGUGUGUGUGUGUGUGUGUGUUUGCGUGUCCAUCCAUGUGUGUGUGUUUGUGUCCGAGUCUAACCACCAUUAACGGCCUCCUAUCAUUCUACCAGGCGUGUCCACACACUGAGGGGACACAGAGGGGAGAUCAGCAGUGUUCAGUUCAACUGGGACUGCUCCCUCAUCAUCACCGGCUCCAUGGACAAAAGCUGUAGGGUGAGCUCUCACAAAUCUCUCUCACAUCCCAUCUCACAUUAUGUCACUUCUCCUAUCAUCGCUCUCUCUCUCUCUCUCUCUGGUAGAGACUCCUAUCUCUUUUAAGCUCUGCAUCAUUUAAAAAGGAACAUUAAAUCCUUUAAUUAUUCCAAGAUGAGUCACGCUCUCUGGGUAGUUGUGUGAAUUAUUCACGUGGCUGCAUUCCUAAAGAGGAGAUUGUGAAGAGGGGAAAACACAACCAUUGUGUCGUUAGAGCGCUAACCAAGCUGGUUGUUUUUGUAAAAGGCUUUUAAAAAUAGAUUAAUUAACAUUUGACAUUUUGACAUUGUGUGUGUGACUGUGUGUGACUGUGUCUGUGUUUGUUUGGGAACGUGUAUGUGCGCGCGUGUGUGUGCCCGUGUAUGCUUAUGUGUGUGCAUCUGUGUGUUUGUGUCCUUAUGUGUGUGUGUACCGGAACAUGUGUGUGUCUAUGCUUCCCCAGGUGUGGGAGUCAGCGAGUGGGAAGUGUAUGUCCACACUAGCAGGCCAUGAAGACGAGGUGCUGGAUGUGUGUUUCGACUACACGGGUCAACUCAUAGCCACCGCCUCGGCUGAUGGUACGACCACAGAGAUACUUAUCAUACUAAUGGUGUUCUAUUUAAAUACGUGGGUACCUCGACCUCUCUGCUGUUUCCAUGAUUGUCAAUACAAAGUUCCUGGAUUGAACAAUGUCGCAGGCACUGAACAACUAUCCGUACUGUACCCAGCCCAGUACCCCUAUUUCACACCAUCAUGCCAACCCAAAUCGUACUGUGGUGGCUUGAAUAUUUAUUUUUCACAUUGUCCUUUCGAGCACAGUUCCGGCAACUAUGGUGUAUGACUAACCAGGCCAGCUCUAUUUAAUUCCUUUUAUUUUAAGGUUCAACGUCAUCUUCGCUCAAGCAAUAACACUGGAUUAUUUGAGAAAUCAAUAUUUCCCCCUGACUCUUAGGCACAGCGAGAGUGUACAGCGCCGCCAGCUACCAGUGCAUCUCCAGACUGGAGGGCCACGAGGGAGAGAUCUCCAAGGUGAGUCACUGAGACAGGUAAUGGUUCAGGCAGGACCCAAAAUGGCCCCUCUCUCGCUGUCUCUUUUGUCUGCCUCGGAGCAUCCGUCAGACUCACAAGGGUACAGGACUGGACAGGAGGGAUGAGGACGGCAGUCCGCUUGCCGGGGGGAUGUUUCUACCUCCUGUUACAGUUUUUAGGUCAACCACGUCUUGACGAUGACAGAGAGAAACGUGACUGAAGGUGUGUGUCCCUCAGGCCCGAGUGUUCCAGAAACAUCCGGGCUCAUCUUCCUGGUCGACCUACAGGCUGAUUCCUGGUCUACCUACAGGCUGAUUCCUGGUCUACCUACAGGCUGAUUCCUGGUCUACCAACAGGCUGAUUCCUGGUCUACCUAUAGGCUGAUUCCUGGUCUACCUAUAGGCUCAUUCCUGGUCUACCAACAGGCUGAUUCCUGGUCUACCAACCGGCUGAUUCCUGGUCUACCAACCGGCUGAUUCCUGGUCUACCUAUAGGCUGAUUCCUGGUCUACCUAUAGGCUGAUUCCUGGUCUACCUAUAGGCUGAUUCCUGGUCUACCUAUAGGCUGAUUCCUGGUCUACCUAUAGGUUUAUUCCUGGUCUACCUAUAGGCUGAUUCCUGGUCUACCUAUAGGUUUAUUCCUGGUCUACCUAUAGGCUGAUUCCUGGUCUACCUAUAGGCUGAUUCCUGGUCUACCUAUAGGUUUAUUCCUGGUCUACCUAUAGGCUGAUUCCUGGUCUACCUAUAGGCUGAUUCCUGGUCUACCUAUAGGUUUAUUCCUGGUCUACCUAUAGGCUGAUUCCUGGUCUACCUAUAGGCUGAUUCCUGGUCUACCUAUAGGUUUAUUCCUGGUCUACCUAUAGGCUGAUUCCUGGUCUACCUAUAGGCUGAUUCCUGGUCUACCUAUAGGCUGAUUCCUGGUCUACCUAUAGGUUUAUUCCUGGUCUACCUAUAGGUUUAUUCCUGGUCUACCUAUAGGUUUAUUCCUGGUCUAGCUAUAGGUUUAUUCCUGGUCUACCUAUAGGCUGAUUCCUGGUCUACCUAUAGGUUUAUUCCUGGUCUACCUAUAGGCUGAUUCCUUGUCUGUGUAUAGGCUGAUUCCUGGUCUACCUAUAGGCUGAUUCCUUGUCUGUGUAUAGGCUGAUUCCUGGUCUACCUAUAGGCUGAUUCCUUGUCUGUGUAUAGGCUGAUUCCUGGUCUACCUAUAGGCUGAUUCCUUGUCUGUGUAUAGGCUGAUUCCUGGUCUACCUAUAGGCUGAUUCCUUGUCUGUGUAUAGGCUGAUUCCUGGUCUACCUAUGCUCUGAUUCAAAGCAGCCCUGUUAAAGUCUCACUCCCCGAGUUUUUCUGCCUAGCGACUGUGAUUCCCCCUUCCCCUGGUAGUCUCAUUUGAUUGGCACUUUUCAUAUGAUCUUGUCUCAGUUCCCUGUAAUGUCACCCCUUGAGCCCUUUAAUGUCACACCUUGGUUGUUUUAUUAACAAAACACCAUGACAUAGUCUGUCCCUGCUCACUGUGUAACUGUAUUAACCACGGCUGUAUAGAGCCACAUGUGACCUGGGCCUGUGUUGUAGGUGACCCAGCUGUCCUAAAUGUGUGUGUGAUCUUAUCAGGCUCUGCCAUUUGACAGUUCUGCCAGUGUACGUGUGUGUGUGUACGUCUUUGUUAGUAUGUAUGUGCCUGCAUGUUGUGUGUGUAUGUGUGCGUGUUUGUCGCUUGGAGCCACAGCCACUAGGGGCCCGAUUCAGACAUAGGAAAUGUACAUCUUUCCUACGCACUUCUCAAUAGUUUGUAUUCAGACUUACCUUAUGCAGAUGCGUAAUGGGCUUUGCAGGCGUGGUUAAUAUUUUAUUAAAUAGCUGAAAACCCUCCCACUUCCUUGCCAACCGUUUUUCUCGUGGAGUUUUCAUUCAAUAGGAUUUUCAGUACAUUUAUCUAAAUCCAUCCCCUUGUACCUUUUUACUAGAAAUGUAUUGACAGAUUCACUAGAAUAUAUGGAGAGAAUGGUUCAGAAUAUUAUGGAUCAAUGAAAGAAAGCCAUGUAAAUACGUGCAUAUUCGUCUCCUUUUCAGCAACAAUUGGUAGAUUGAAAAAUACUCUGAUCUUGUAUAUUAUUAAGGGUUAGGAAAGUAUUUAUGAAUAAUAAAAAAAAAACAGCUUUGGAGAGCCUUUAUGCACAAAAUAUAUUGGUGUAUCAAAAAUACAGUUGUUUGAUUCAUCCAGAAUAAUAAUCUUUAAAUCUAUAAAUCUACCCUAAUAAUCCUCACUAAUCAUGGAACUGUGAUGACAACAGUCCAGUCGUUGUGAAGCGUGCUCCAUGUUUAAACAGCUACAUAUGGUCUGCGUUGCAUAAUGAUUCAAAUAGGUUUACAUGUACCAAAUUAGUGCUCAACUUGUAAUCCGGUACCCUAAUAUGAUCCAUUAUUGCUAGCGAUCCUCAGGAACAACCAUACUAACGUGACAGAUGAAAUUAAGGUAAACGAAUGACGUAAUGGAAUGAUGCUAAAUGUAAGGAAACUAACAUUUAAAGUCAGUGUAUGUGGGUAUAACUGACGGUGGCUACCAAUAGUGGCUACUAUUUAACAUGAAACAAAUUGUUUAAAAAAAAUACAGUGAAAAGUCUGGGCAUAUAAUUAAAACAUUCUAGAACUCAUAAGGUCUCCAAGUUAUAAGGCCAGCAUUUCAUAAACUUCAUAAAAGUUAAUAUACAUUUAGUAGACACUCUUAUCCAGAGCGACUUACAGGAACGAUUAGUGAUAGUGCCUUGCUCAAGGAUAUAUCUACAGAUCUUUCACCUAGUCGGCUAGAGGAAUUGAACCAUCAACCUUUCGGUUACUGGCCCAACGCUCUUAACCGCUAGGCAACCUGCCAAUAUGUUGAAAUGCUUUAGUUUUCUGCUAUAUGACUAGUUUUACAUUUGGCUCCAACGAUCAUAAGGUAAAAUAUAUCUAAAACAACAGGUUGCUCGACCUUCUUCAUAAUUUCAUAGCGUGUGAAGAUGGUGAAACUAUGAGGGAGUCAAGGUCAGAAUACGGCGUAUCUGCAGACACCUCCAGCCCCAACGAAUAGGGGUUGAAUAGCAUAUUAUUCUCAUGCUUAAAUUCAAGGUCAGAAUUUGCGUAGGAAGAAAAGUGCAUAAAAAGAUAAUUAUGUUCCAUUUAAGUGCGCUAAACUCGGGUCGCAUUUCCCCCACAGGCUGCCUCAUUGGACUGCCUGUCUUGUGUCUGUUUACUGAAAGCCAUCAGGGCCCAGCUUCAGUAAUAGGCUGGAUGAGGAUGAUUUCACAGGAUUAUGACACUAAUCUCCCCCUAACAGGACACCUCUCUCCCCUCCCUCCGCCUCUUAACCACUCUGUCAAUCUCUUUUUUCAUCACUCUCUCCCACUAUUUCUGUCUCUGUCGGUCCCUGUUUUUACUUUCAUUCUAAUUUCCACUGUCGUCCCUCCAUCUCCCUCUCCCCCACUCUUCAUUGUUGCUUUCUUCCUCUCAUUAAGAGGGGCCAGAUUGAAUAGGCAGAAGCUGACUUUUUCUUAAAGGUCCAAUGCAACCGUUUUUAUCUCAAUAUCAAAUAAUUUCUGGGUAACAAUUAAGUACCUUACUGUGAUUGAUUUCAAUUAAAAUGGUCAAAAAUUCUUAGCAAAGAGCAAUUUCUCAAGCAAUAAUUUUGCUAGGACUGACUGGGAAGUGGUCUGAGUGGGGAGGGGAAAACUGAAAAUUAGCUGUUAUUGACAGAGGUUUGGAACUCUCUUUCUUAUUGGUCUGUUAACUAAUUGACUGUCUGGUGAUGUCACCAGGCAGGCCAAAACUCCAUCCCACCAAAACAGGCUGAAAUUUCAGCCGCUCUUUUCAAACAGCUCUUACACUAAAAGGGCAUUAUCAUCCUUUUCACAGUAUUAUUCCAACCUCAUAGUGUGGAAAUAUAUAUACGUUUCUUACUGCACUGGGCCAUUAAAUGAAAAUAAUAUCUGUAGAAUGAAUGUCAUAGAACCAAAUACUGCUAAAAACAUAAAUUAAUUGUUUUGUUGAUUAAAAAUGCAGGAAAUAAUGUAAAAUAGUCAUUGAUAUGGAGUUGAAUCAUCUCAACAGAAUCCAUGUGGGUCUACUUAUGACCAUUCAGUUACUCCAUCUUCUUCUGCAUCAUCCUUCUCUUUCUCUUCUCUUUUUCCUCUCUCUUUUCACUACUCUCUUCCCUCGUAUCCUCAUUUCUAAAAAUGUUACACCUCUGUGCACUCCUCUCUCUCUCUCCUCCAUUCUCCCCCUCGUUCCUCUUUGCUCCCCCCUUCUCUCUCUCCUCCAUGCUCCCCCUCAUUCCUCUUUGCUCCCCCCUUCUCUCUCUCCUCCAUGCUCCCCCUCGUUCCUCUUUGCUCCCUCCUCUCUCUCCCUCAUACUCCCCCUCGUUCCUCUUUGCUCCCUCCUCUCUCUCCCUCAUGCUCCCCCUCGUUCAUCUUUGCUCCCCCCUUCUCUCUCUCCUCCAUGCUCCCCCUCGUUCCUCUUUGCUCCCCCCUUCUCUCUCUCCUCCAUGCUCCCCCUCGUUCCUCUUUGCUCCCCCCUUCUCUCUCUCCUCCAUGCUCCCCCUCGUUCCUCUUUGCUCCCUCCUCUCUCUCCCUCAUGCUCCCCCUCGUUCCUCUUUGCUCCCUCCUCUCUCUCCCUCAUGCUCCCCCUCGUUCAUCUUUGCUCCCCCCUUCUCUCUCUCCUCCAUGCUCCCCCUCGUUCCUCUUUGCUCCCCCCUUCUCUCUCUCCUCCAUGCUCCCCCUCGUUCCUCUUUGCUCCCCCCUUCUCUCUCUCCUCCAUGCUCCCUCUCGUUCCUCUUUGCUCCCCCCUUCUCUCUCUCCUCCAUACUCCCCCUCAUUCCUCUUUGCUCCCCCCUUCUCUCUCUCCUCUUUGUGCUCCUUUUCUCUUGCUCUCCUCUGAGCUCUGUCAGUGUCACCCUCUCCCAGAGUUCUAUUUCCAUUUCCUGUCUGAGGGCUGCUCAUCCUUAAACAUUCAUCACCCUGCAGCGUGAGGCUUUUAAUAAAAACACACUUUACUUUUAGACAAUGCAGAGCCAGCAUCAUUUAAUCAUCCCAGCCCAAUAUUCAUUUCUUCACCUCACUGUGUGCUUGUAGAUCUCUCUGAAGUCCGUCUAUCUGUUCCAUUGGAACCAUUCCUCCAUAGGAAAUGCCUGGCCAUUUAACAGAGCUCCAUUUACAGUUAAUAGCCUUUUAAGAAUAUAGUGCUGACGUGCUGAAAGUUCCCCAUGCUCUGCUCAUUUGGUGGUUCCUAUCUCCUCUUGCACACUUCCUCAUCAGUGCACACUCCAUCCAGCCAUUCACUCCUUUUCACUCUCAUAACACACAAACACUGUUAUGUAAAUUUCCACAUCCCCUUCUUCUCUCUUGCAGAUCUGUUUUAACCCUCAGGGCAGUAGAGUUCUGACAGCCAGCGCUGACAAGACGGCUCGCCUGUGGGAUGUCCAGUCUAGCGUCUGUCUGCAGGUCUUGGAGGGACACACGGACGAGAUCUUCUCCUCCGCCUUCAACUACGAGGGUGACACCAUCAUCACAGGUAAUAUGUACCCUCUAUCAGGGCUGGGGUCAAUUCCAUUUCAAUUCAGCAUUGAGUUGGCAUUGAGAAAAAUUGGAAUUGGAAUUUCAGUUUACUUCCUGAAUUGCCUUAAAUGGAAUUGAGCCCAACCCUGCCCUCUAUAUAAUCAUAUCUAGUUAAAAUGCAAAGACGCCACAGCAACCUCUUCACAGCCAAACAAGUAUUAUUUUUUCUCCACUCACAAACGCUUUAUCAAGGUUGAAAUGAACAGACCACAGCUGGGUGCGGUGAGCUUCUGCCUCCUAUUCAUCCACCUGUCUUCUUUCUGCUGCAGGCAGCAAAGACAACACCUGUCGCAUCUGGCGCUGACCCGUCCUAUGGUCAGUAGGGUGUGUGAGGAGGGGAAGGCCAUCUGUCCAUCCCCCAACAAGAAGAUGCCCUGUUUGAAGAUGCCCUUCCUGGAAGUUAUCACUGACCCAACGUAUGUGACAUCUAACCUCCUAGUUGUUGUGGAGUAAGAUUCAGUAGACCGGAUAGCUUUGGUGAAUGAAUUUAGUCCCACUGCCAUUUUACUAUCUAGCACUGUCUAGACAGACAGUUUAGCGCUGUGGAUGUGUCCCAAAUGGCACCCAA